CACUGGUUGUAGCGCCAUGCGCCACUGUCAACGGUGUCGACCUUGUGUCAACACUUGUGAUCUUGUGAAUUGUGUUGUGAAUAGUUUAUAAAAAUUAGCUACAUCCAGAAUAUUUUCAAAACUUCCCAGGGCCAGUGAAAUGGCUUCUUUGUUGGAAGCCGAGCGCCCAAAUAUCCGCAUUGAGAUUGAAAAUGAUGCGGUCAAUUCUGAACAGAUGGAGGUAGAUGAGGACAGACUGCUGGAAGAAAACGAGGAAGGCGAAAUUAUAGAUGACGAAAACAUAGACAGUGUAAAUAUAAGGAGCAAUUUGCAGAUAAGCAUACAAACGAAACCAGAUAUUGUGGACAAACUUAACACAAAAACUAUAUUCACCACUGGGAUAAACAUUUUCGACAAACAAGAGCAAGAGAAGCUACAGGAAAGAGCUCGUAGAUUUGCAUUAAAACCAGAUGAAAUCAAAACUUUCACAGAAGCUGAUUUAGCUGAGCUAUAUGAGAGCCUUGGAAUAAAUAGCAAAAAUGAAUGUGAAAAUAGAUUUGAUGCUGUGCAUAUGAUAGGAAUUACAGGUAUGACUGCAGAAGAUAUUCUGGAGUAUUUUGCAAAAUAUGCUCCAUUAGCAAUUGAAUGGAUUGACAAGGAUAGUUGCAAUGUUCUGUGGCUAGAAAACAUAACUGCAGCCAGAGCGAUGUUUUAUACUUCCAAAGCUGUCAAUGGGAUGCCAGCUAGGGAGCCUGUUGAUACCUUUGCUAAAGAGUUUCUAGAUGAUGUUGAAGAGGAAGAGACUGGGGAAAGUAUUCUUGUAAAAAAACAAAAAGGGGAUGAACUGACAAUCACAGACAUUCUUCCACACAAGGUGAACAUUGAAGGUGGCGUGGAUAUAUCCCAAAUAGCUAUUCGCAUACCGCCUGGAUAUUGGAGGUUAGGAGAGCCACAUCCAAAAUCUAAAUGUAUACUGAUGAGGUACUCACUGCAGACUGAUAUGAAACCAUAUAGAACUGAGGAUUUGGCGAGGUAUUACAAGAAUUUAGGAAUGGAGCGAAAACCGCGACAGGGCAAAGGCAUAUUUGAACGCAACAGGAAUUUAACCCAGGAGAAAAAUCCGUGGGGCAGUUUGGCGAAAAACUGGAACAAUGAUACGCAACGCGAACCUGAGCGUGAUCAUGAUACUCCACCUGUUGAAAUAAAAAAUCCUCGACUGUUGGUUCGCCUGGGCAAGAAGAAAGUGUCUCCAGCAGAGGAUGAGGUGGAACCUGUAGAAGAGAUAGAAGCGGGUGAAGUUGUUUCGGAAAAAAUAACGAAACUGCCGAGGAUGCGAAUGUAUGCAGACGAAGAGGAGGAAAAGCAGCGACGAAUAAGGUUAUUACGCAGUCUGAAACAGUCGGACGACCUACUGAAGGAAAAUCAACCGAGGGUUAGGGAUUUGAGGAGUAUGCUGAACAUGAGUGACAUAAUAAAACGCAUUCCACCCAAAGAGAUAAUUGACUUGGACGCGCCUGCCGAUCGUAAUACAAGACUUCGCCACAACGCCAAAAGAAUGGUAGUAACUGUGAAAAGGAAUUUAGACGAAGAGAGGAAUAUAAGAGAAGAAGAGAACACCAGAGAUAUGUCCAUUAGGCAUGGGAGAGAGGAUGCAAGGAGAAUGAUCAGUGCAGCUAAAGAAAAAGGGCAUCGAUCGCCCGUUGUGUAUGGUAGAAGAUCGCCCGACCGGCCAAAGCUUGAAAGGAGAGAUGUUAGUAGAUCACCUAUCAGAAAAGAUGACUCGAUUAGGAGGUAUACAUCACCUGCCAGGAGAAGAUCACCUAAUAGAUCAGGAGAUCAUCAGAAUAGGUCUUCCAGGGCGGCAAUGUAUAGUGUCAGGAGUCCAAGAAGAAAUAGCAGUAGUUACUGGAGAAGAUCUCCGAGAAGGUCAGCAUAUCCGGCUAGAAUAGGCACAUUACACAGCGAUAGAAUAUCUGACCAACACCGACGUCAUUACGACGAUGAUUACUAUAGAAGUGACAAACCCAGGAGUAAAGUUGCUGUCGUUAUAAAGAAAAGAAAACGUCCAACUGUUCGGUCCGUGGUAUUGCCUCGAGUCAGAAGAGCCUCUGCAUCCGAGGAGUCGGAAUCUGAAAGCUCCGAGUCAGAUUCUAGCGAAUCUUCAGAAAGUAGUUCAUCUAGUGAAAGCGAGUCUGAAUCGUCAGAGUCAGAUUCUGAAUCCGGGUCUGAAUCGGAAUCAGAAUCUUCCGAGUCCGAUUCUGAUAGAAGGAAGAAGAUUUACAUCAAACAAGAGAACAGAAAAGACAGAAAACGACAUAGAAGAUAAAAGAUAGGUCCAAUUUUUCCAUGAUGAAAUUAAUGUAAUUUUCCUUUAUAAUUGAGUAUACAAAUAAGGCAAUUAACUCGAGUUUAAAUAUAAUCAUAUGCUCCAUAGUGCGUUUCUUGAUUGAUUAAUUUAUCGCGCUACUUUUAAAGAAAAGUGAACUUUUGAGUCAAACUGGUUCGAGCUGUUUUCAAAUAAACUUGCAAAGUUAUGAAAGAAAACGCUGUAAACCCGACUAUAUCCCUUAAUCUACCCGACAAC